AUGGAGAAAAAGAAAGUGUGCCCUCGUCUCCUGGACUACCUAGUGGUAGUUGGAGCCAGGCAACCCAGCAGCGACAGCGUGGCACAAACACCUCAGCUGCUGAGGCGCUAUCCACUGGAGGACCACAAUGAGUUCCCUCUGCCCCCUGACGUUGUGUUCUUCUGCCAGCCUGAGGGCUGCCUGAGCAUCCGUCAGCGCCGGGUCAGCCUUCGUGACGACACAUCUUUCGUCUUCGCUCUCACCGACAAAGAUUCAGGUGUCACUCGCUAUGGAAUCUGCCUCAACUUUUACCGCUCUUUCCAGAUUCCAGAAGGCCGCCCACGAACUGAAGGAAAAGGAGAAAAGCCCCCUCAUACAGACUCUGCAGUGGAGGCCACAGAGAAAUUUGACCCCUCCACAUUGACUCUUCCAGGGGAAUCUACGCUGCCCCCUGCAGGAGAUGGGACAUUGCCACCAGGCGAGCCGGGCAGCACCGGAAAAUCUCCACGAUCCAAACACAGUGGUCGACUAGCACCACAGAACCGGAACAGCACAUUAACGUCUCUGUGCAUUCUGAGCCACUACCCCUUCUUUACUAUGUUCAGGGAGUGUCUGUACAUCCUCAAGCGCAUGGUGGACUGCUGUAGCCAGCGGCUCAACCAAAGACCCGGUGCUGCUAAGUCCACACAACGGCAACCCAGCAGCGACAGCGUGGCACAAACACCUCAGCUGCUGAGGCGCUAUCCACUGGAGGACCACAAUGAGUUCCCUCUGCCCCCUGACGUUGUGUUCUUCUGCCAGCCUGAGGGCUGCCUGAGCAUCCGUCAGCGCCGGGUCAGCCUUCGUGACGACACAUCUUUCGUCUUCGCUCUCACCGACAAAGAUUCAGGUGUCACUCGCUAUGGAAUCUGCCUCAACUUUUACCGCUCUUUCCAGAAGGGCCACCACCGCCCACGAACUGAAGGAAAAGGAGAAAAGCCCCCUCAUACAGACUCUGCAGUGGAGGCCACAGAGAAAUUUGACCCCUCCACAUUGACUCUUCCAGGGGAAUCUACGCUGCCCCCUGCAGGAGAUGGGACAUUGCCACCAGGCGAGCCGGGCAGCACCGGAAAAUCUCCACGAUCCAAACACAGUGGUCGACUAGCACCACAGAACCGGAACAGCACAUUAACGUCUCUGUGCAUUCUGAGCCACUACCCCUUCUUUACUAUGUUCAGGGAGUGUCUGUACAUCCUCAAGCGCAUGGUGGACUGCUGUAGCCAGCGGCUCAACCAAAGACCCGGUGCUGCUAAGUCCACACAACGGGACACAAUGUGGCGUGUGUUUACAGGCUCUCUCUCCAUCGAGGAAAAGGAAAAGGGCAGUCAGGUGCUUCAGGACCUAAGGGAGAUUGAGUCAUGGGUGUAUCGGCUGCUGCACUCCCCGGUGCCUGUUGCUGGUCAGCGACGUGUUGACGUGGAAGUGCUCCCCCAUGAGCUGCAGCCUGCACUGACCUUUGCCCUUCCAGACCCUUCCCGCUUCAGCAUUGUAGACUUCCCACUCCAUCUGCCUCUGGAGCUGCUGGGAGUUGAUGCUUGUCUGCAGGUCCUGGCCUGCAUUCUGCUGGAACACAAGGUGGUACUGCAGUCCCGAGAUUAUAACGCCCUUUCAAUGAGCGUCAUGGCGUUCGUUGCAAUGAUUUACCCCCUCGAGUACAUGUUUCCUGUCAUUCCACUGUUGCCCACCUGCAUGGCCUCUGCAGAACAGCUCCUGCUAGCACCCACUCCAUAUGUCAUUGGUGUGCCUGCCAGUUUCUUCCUGUACAAGUCUGAUUUUAAGAUUCCUGAUGACGUUUGGUUAGUGGAUCUGGACUGCAACAAGGUCAUUGUUCCAAGCAACGCAGAAUUGCUCCCUCCCCUUCCUGAACCUGAGGCCUCUGAGCUGAAGAAACACUUGAAGCAGCUCUUGGAGUGUCUGGUAAGGUUGACUGUGAUCACCCAAAAGCAGAUCUUCGCCUCCGAUUCCAAGGCUCUGGCCAGCAUGAGUCUGAACACGCAGCCUAUUCUAAACCUGGAGAAGUUUCAGGAUGGACAGGAGUUGUCUUUAUUGCCCCCCAGUCGUGACAAAGCCUCCCCGUCCUCCACUGAGUUCAACCCACUCAUCUAUGGCAAUGAUGUGGACUCAGUUGAUGUUGCCACAAGGGUGGCGAUGGUGAGGUUCUUCAACUCUCCAAAUGUCCUGCAAGGGUUCCAGAUGCAUACACGCAUUCUGCGUCUCUUCCCCCGUCCUGUGGUGGCAUUCCAGGCCACAUCUUUCCUGGCUUCUAGGCCGCGGCGGAAUGGAUUCACCGAAAAUCUCUCCCAUACCCAGGCGGUGGAGUACUAUGGAGAGUGGGCUCUCAACCCCACCAACCUGGCUUUCCAAAGGAUUCAUAACAAUGUGUAUGACCCCUCUCUAAUAGGCGAUAAGCCUAAGUGGUAUGCCCACCAGUUACAGCCAGUAUUCUACCGUGUGUAUGAUGGAAACUCUCAUCUGGCGGAGGCGUUGAGUGGACCCCUGCAGGAUGAGACCAAUGAUUCAGACCCAACAGAUGACAGUGGCAGUGACAGUGAAGCAUACGAUGACUCCAGCUCUUCCUACUCAUCUCUGGGAGACUUUGUGAAUGAGAUGAUCAAAGGGGACAUACAAGGGGACACACCAAAUGUUGACACUCUGACACAUGCUGCGCUGGGAGACGCGAAUGAGGUAGAGAUCCAUUACUUCCAGGAGUAUAAGGGGGACAACCGUGACCCAGAGCCAGAAGGCCCCCCAGAAGCAGCGGACAGUCAGCCACUGCGGUCCAGCUCCAGCACGACGGCCAGUUCCAGCCACAGUACAGUCUUACAGGGAGUCAACCAUGAACAGAAGGAACCCGUUGAGGUGGAGGCGACCCUCCAGAACUCUGUCCCAGGAUUGGGAGCUCCACCUUUUACAAGACCCACUCCUGAUCCGGUUCCUGUUGACCCAGCCAAUAAGAAGAGAGAGUAUGAUAAUCCCUAUUUUGAGCCCCAGUAUGGCUUCCCUUCAGAGGAGGAUACUGAAGCAGAUGAGCAGGAGGAGAGUUACACACCACGAUUCAACCAGAAUCUCAAUGGCAACAAACCAUCUCGGCCAUUGAGACCCAGCAGUCUGAAGCUUCCGGGUGAAUCUGAUGGGGAGGGAGACUCCAGAAAUAGCUCUCCAAACUCCACCAUCUCCAACAAUAGCAACGAUGGCUUCGGGGGACUCAUGUCCUUCGCCAGUAACCUGUAUAAAAACCAUGGCACCAGUUUCAGUCUGUCCAGUUUGGCUCUGCCUAAUAAAGCACGAGAGAAGAACACGCCGUUCCCCAGCCUCAAAGAAUAUUUACAUUUUGAUUUAACAGAGGACACAGAUCAAGACGAUGCUGAUGACAGUCCUGAGAGUCCUGUAUUUGGGCUAAAUUCUCUAAUGGAGAUUGUAACAGAGAUCGGCCCGGGGAGCGGAGAAGGUGCUCGAGCUCCCAGAGCGCUGGUAGAUCAGAAAUCCUCUGUUAUUAAGCACAGCCCCACCGUCAAGAGAGAGUCUCCAUCUCCUCAGGGCAGAGCCAACAACACCAGUGAGAACCAGCAGUUUCUUAAGGAGGUGGUCCAGAGCGUGCUCGAUGGGCAGGGUGUGGGUUGGCUCAACAUGAAGAAGGUACGCCGCCUGCUAGAGAAUGAACAGCUGCGAGUCUUUGUGCUCAGCAAACUCAACCGUGUGGUCCAAUCAGAGGAGGACGCUCAGCAGGAAGUUAUAAGAGAUGUGGAGAUAAACAGGAAGGUAUACAAAGGCAUGUUGGACCUAUUGAAGUGCACAGUGUCCAGUUUGGAGCACUCAUACACUAAUGCUGGCCUGGGAGGCAUGGCCAGUGUCUUCAGUCUGCUAGAGAUAGCACGCACCCACUACCAAACCAAAGACCCAGAGAAGCGGAAACGGAGCUCCAUGGAGGGUGUUAGCAGCCCAGGCAGUAAGGAGAGCCCAUCGGGCCGAAUGGAGAGCGCCAGGGCGGCAGGUGUGCUCCUGGUACCCCGUAUCCAAUUGCCACCACCCUCCACUGAGAAAUCGUCACGGCAGUUUGAUACCCGGAGUCUGAACGAGGAGAAUUUUAUUGCCUCCAUUGGGGCUGAUGGAGGAAAACAGCGUCUGGAAGGUGGAGACACUGAGGAAAAGAAAUCACAGAUCAGUGCUGACAGCGGCCUCAGUGUGACGUCUGGCUCACAGAAGAGUGAUACGGAGUCCCUGGCGAGCUCCGAGCCUCCUGCUCUGACGCGAAGCACCAGCCAGGACUCAGAGGCUAGCACAGUGGUGAGUAACAGCUCAGGUGAGACGCUGGGUGCAGACAGCGACCUGAGCAGCACUGCUGGAGACGGCCUGACAGGAAGACAUGCUCAACAUCUCAACCUGUCCCGUGGCACACUGUCUGACAGCGAGAUUGAGACCAACCCUGCGACCAGCUCUGUGUUUGGCAAGACUCAUAAGCUGAAGCCAGGAGUGAAGGAACCUGUUGGUGUUAAUAAGGGAACACCAGCUCCGCCCCUCGAGGAUGUUAGCAUGAGGAUCUAUCUGUGUGAGGGGCUGCUGGGGCGAGAUAAAAGCUCAGUUUGGGACCAACUGGAGGAUGCUGCCAUGGAAACCUUUUCUCUGAGUAAGGAGCGCUCUACUCUGUGGGAUCAGAUGCAGUUCUGGGAGGAUGCCUACCUGGAUGCCGUUAUGUUGGAAAGGGAAGGAAUGGGGAUGGAUCAGGGACCUCAAGAAAUGAUUGACAGGUAUCUGUCUCUUGGAGAGCAUGACCGCAAGAGACUGGAGGACGAUGAGGAUAGACUACUGGCCACUCUUCUGCAUAACAUGAUCGCCUACAUGCUUAUGUUGAAGGUCGAUAAAAAUGACAUCAGGAAGAAGGUACGGCGUCUUAUGGGGAAAUCUCACAUUGGCCUCUCACACAGUCAGGAGAUCAAUGAGGUCCUGGACCGCCUUGCACAUUUGAGUGGUCGGGAGCUUCUCAUCAGGCCAAGUGGCAGCCGGCAUAUUAAGAAGCAGACAUUUGUUGUGCAUGCGGGGACUGAUACAACUGGUGAUAUAUUUUUCAUGGAGGUGUGUGAUGACUGCAUCGUCUUGCGCAGUAACAUCGGCACAGUCUAUGAGCGCUGGUGGUAUGAGAAGCUCAUAAAUAUGACCUACUGCCCCAAGACCAAAGUGUUGUGUCUGUGGAGGAGGAACGGUCAAGAGACACAGCUUAACAAGUUCUACACCAAGAAGUGUCGAGAACUGUACUACUGUGUUAAAGACAGCAUGGAGCGUGCUGCCGCACGACAACAAAGCAUUAAACCAGGUCCAGAGCUGGGAGGCGAGUUUCCAGUACAGGACAUGAAGACAGGGGAGGGUGGUCUCCUUCAGGUCACGCUGGAAGGCAUCAAUCUCAAAUUUAUGCAUAGCCAGUUCCUGAAACUAAAGAAGUGGUGAUCCAUAAGUACAAGACUCCUAUGGCACAUCAGAUCUGUUACUCUGUGCUCUGCCUCUUCUCCUACAUGGCGGCGGUCAAGGGGAAAGAGUCAGAGGGCAAGCCCAAGAUGCUGUCACCUCGUCCACUACCGAGCUAGCACACUUCUCUCCUACGUUUACUUCAACCCUCCAGCUCCUGAACUCCCUGCAAUACUACUCCUGUUCAAUAGAAGCUGACACUCCUGCCAAGCUCCUUUUAAAGACCUCUGCUCCUGUAUCGAUUCAAAUGUAGAUGUAUUCACAUAUUCAUCACAUCUGUCCUAAAGAAACAACAUGUUCAUAUAAUGUAUCUGAUCACGUACCUGAUAUAAUAUUCCAGUCCUUGGACACUAAAAUGCUGGCAUUUCAUUCUCAUAAUAGAGACCAACCAGAGCAAAAACAGACUUUUGACUACUGUCGGUUGAUGUCCUCACAUUCAUACGCCUUUUAUUUAUUUUAAUCGGAGGCAUUUGGUUGCAUGCAGGUCCCAUGCGCAGCUCUUGCGAGUUGGCACUGGCAUGCAGACAUCAGGCAAACGUCUUUCCCCUCUUCAACCCCCUCUGAUAUCAGUCAACAGGCUGUCUAUUUAAUAUUGAUGUGCUAAGUUGUACUGUAAAUUCAAGUCUGUUCUGUCUGUGGUGGGUGAAAUGUUCAAGUCUUUGCAAUCUAGCGCUGCCACGUAUGAGGGGUUUGCCUUAACCGUCCGCGACGGAGCAGCUAUCCCAUUCGUAAAUGUUCCAUACGCCCUCCUCCUCCACCUGCUGUGAGUGGUCUAAGGUCUGUGUAUCUCUUUAGCUUAAAAGGCUCAAACUACUGUACUAGUUCUGCUGUAAAGUUCCCUGUCUGUGAACUGCUGUUAAAUUUGCAUGUCACUUGGGGAAAAAAAA